GGUCUUCGCGGUGCACUGCCCGCGCUCCUGCGGCUCGUGCCUGCGGCACGCCGCGGCGCGGCGCUGCGAGCUGGGCGCGGACGAAGCUGCUGUGGUGCAGCUGAACGUCUCCCGCGAGCUCGCUGACCCCAGUGAGCAGACAAGUCGGGGCAUCGAAGAGGCCCUGCGCCGAGCGGAGGAGGGCUGGGCGGCAGCGGAGCGCGGCGUGUCUCGCCUGUCAGACGCGCCCCGGGUGCUGCAGCUGGACGCCUUCACGUCCGAGGAGGAGGCCGCGGAGCUCGUGGCCGUCGCGGAGGCGCAGGGGCGGUGGCAGGCGAGCGCACUCGGCGUGGGCGAGGGCGGCAGCUUGGCGCCCACGGCCCGCAACUCCUCCACCGUCUUCUGCCACGCCGGGCACGGGGCCGACCUGCACGGCUGCUGCUUCCAGCCGCCGGUGAUGCGGGUCGUCGAGCGGCUGGCGGAGGUGCUCGGGUUGCCCUCGGCUUUGUUCGAGUACCCGCAGUUUGUCCGGUAUGUCCCCGGCCAGUUCUACAGCGCGCACGCCGACGUCUUGGACGAGGAGUAUAACGCGCCGUACGGGCCAAGGUGCAGUACUGCCCGUGCGCGGGGCCCAACGAGGUGGCCGCCGUGGCGUCCUCUGGCUCCAAGAGAGGGAAAGGCAACAAGUUCGGGUCCUGGGCGUUCGUCACGAAGGAGGCGCUGCCAGCAGGAUGGCAGGUCACCAUGCAGUAUGGCAACACGCCGAAGGAAUCCGACACCUUCUUCGAGGAGCGCGGCAUCAAGAGAAUAG